CAGCAUUUGCUCAACUUUUUCAUCAUCUUCUUCAUCUUCAUCUUCAUCAUCUUCAUCGCCACGAGCUUGCGGCAUCUCCCGGCCGAGAUACGGCUCAUGAUAUUCUCCAAACUCCCCGUCAUACACCGUCCACUGUAAAUUGGCGACGUUGCGAAGGAUUCUGCUCGGCUUCAACCCGUCCACAGGCGCAAGAAAUCCCCAAAGGCUUUCGAAAAGUCGAAGCGCCGCUACUUCACAGCCACACAGACCUUGUACUCGAAAACCAAGUUUGCCUUUUAUGAUAUCCUGUGCUGUUUCAGCAACAUUACCCACGAAGAAAGGUGUUGGAUAAACCUUUACGAGAUACGCGUUUUCCAGCAAUCGAUCUCUUCUUCACACAGAUUGGGCCCAAUGUAAGAUUUGUACAACACAUCGCCAUCCACUUCCCAUACAAACCUCCCUCUCAAAUGAUCCAGGAAACUAUGAUUUUUGGGACGAACUGUUUGGGCCUUUCCACGGGGCUUCCCUGGGGGCAAACGAGUCAGGUGGCGAAUUUACCUCAAAGCCCUUCGAUUUGCACAUCAAAAGGCACCCGGGUUGUAGACAAUCAGGUUGGUAGACUCGCAAGGAUACGCAAGUGACUCACUCCACUCUGCCAUUGGAACAGGAGCUGGACAGGCAUUGGAAGCUGUUCAAGGGGCUGGAGGACAGUGUGUUGAGACGCAUGACCAACCUGGAAGAGAUUCGGGUGGUGUAUCUUGAUCCAGAGGAUCCACACGACUAUGAUGGAAUGCAUACCGAUUUCUCUGACACGCUCUCUGCCAAGUUUAUCCCGCGACAAAUUACCCAGCCACAAGUGGACGCGGCAGAUUUACUACUUACUAUCGGCGGAAAUGGCAAAGCGACUUUGAGUUCACAGACCUCUAAACACAGAGUUUCAGGUUCAGACCGACAUCCGACCCCUGCAUUUUUGCGCGACUCAUUGACGCGCUCGAAAGCCCCAAGACGAAACAUGGACUCCUGCAAAACAAGCAAAAGAAAGACGCCACCAAACUGUCAAGAUGUUUGGGGGAGCGCCACGUCGCCAAGCGAUUGGUCUUGACGAUCGGAGGACAAACCCGGGGAGGCGAUGAUCCGCUCGACUGGAGAUGCCUGGGAUUGGAGGCAAAGGGUUUCGGUGGUGGUAUAAGUGGUGGUCAUGUCUGGUUUUGCCUUCUCGUUUUCGGUUUCGCUUCUUCACCACACUCACUUCGUUCUCUUCUACGACGGCAUUGACUGCUGGCCAUCAUCUCUUGUUCAUAUUGUUUGUCAAUAUCAGGUGCAGGACACCUCAGAUCAAAACCCACACAACAAAAAAUGCAACUUACAAGAUCCCUCUCCACCGCGCUCGCGGCCCUUCUUUUGUCCAGCAUCGCAACUGGACACCGCAUCCCAGCCCAAUCAGAAGAGCUCCAGCUCCGAGACGCUGCUCCCGUCGAUGUCAACGAGACCGGAACGCCGCCUGUCAUCCUCCCUGCUGACGACACGUUGUCGGCUGAUGUGAUUGUGGAUGAAACCGAGCAUGGGUCCCUAGUGGGUAGAGCCGUUCACCCUCGUCAGCUUGGCAAGGGCAAAGGUGGAGGGAAAGGAAAGGGUGGUGGGAAAGGAAAGGGGGGAGCCAAAGGGAAGGGUGGUGGUAAAGGAAAGGGGGGCAAGGGCAAGGGAGGGAAGGGAAAGGGGGGAAAGGGCAAGGGUUGA